AUGUCUUCUAUAUCGAAUCCAAUCCCGUCAUCAAUGAACGUAUGGAGAAAGCACAAAGGAAAGACGGAGCCGGUCUGGGAAGAAGUACCAGUGCCGCAGACCCCAGCCAGGGGUUUCCUGCUUCGUAUGCUGGCUUCUGGUGUGUGUCAUAGCGAUUAUUCACUACUCACUACGGACAGUACGCGGCCCUGGUUUGAGGACAAGUAUAUUCUGGGCCACGAAGGAUGCGGUGAGAUUGUUGAAGUGGGCGAGGCCGCUGGAGACUCUGGAUUCAAAGUGGGAGACCGAGUCGCCACUAUCGCCGUUCCCGGUUGUGGCUCUGACGACUGCCUGGAGUGCUCUCGUGAUCUUGCCCAGCUCUGUGAGAGGGCACACCACUCGGGAAUUGGGCAGGAUGGAUUCUAUGCGCCAUAUGCCGCCGUAGAUGUACGGGCAGUUGUGCGGGUUCCGGAUGCUAACGACUUAUAUACAGGUAUUCCGUCUAGAGUAGCAGCUGUAUCGACAGACGCCGUCAAAACAAGCUAUCAUGCAGUCACUAGGCGAGCCAAGGUCAAGCCAGGGCAGGUAGUGUUUCUGUUCGGCCUUGGUGGUCUCGGAUUCAAUGCCCUGCAGAUUGUGCUUCAUCUAGGUGCGCGGGUCAUUGUUUCUGAUAUUCGAUCCGAGUUGUUGGACCAGGCAGCAAAAUUUGGCGUCCCCAGGGAGGAUAUCGUCCCUGCCGGCAAGUCGGUGCGGGACUUUGUUCGAGAACGGGGAUUGCAGGGAAAGAUUGAUACAACCCUGGACUUUGUGGGCAAGCAUCAGACUUUUCAGGACGCGCAGCAUAUCGUUCGUCGUGGAGGAAAGUUAUUGUGUGUUGGCACUCUGGACGAGGAGAAUAGAGUCGACAUGAAAAUUGGAAUUCAGAAGAGACUGAAAAUUAUUUUCUCGUAUGGAGGACAGAAAAGGGACCUAGAGGAUGUAUUGGGCCUAAUAUCGAAGAGCGUUAUCCAGCCACAGGUCGAGACAGCCGAUUUGAAGCAUUUCCCUGAGGUGCUGAAGGGCCUCUGCGAGGGCAAGGUAAGGGGGAGAGUUGCCCUAACAAGUACCUGAGACAUAC